GAAAAAAGUAAAUUUGGUGUUACAACGCUGCAAAUACAAAGAAACGAAAAGAAAGGAGAGAGGGUGAUCUACCCAGCAGAAGCAGAACAGUACAGGUUUGCAAGGGAUCAUUAGUCUUUAGGUUUACUAGAAGUUUCUUAUCCGAAGUUGAUCUUCUUAAGAAUGGCGACUCAACAGAAUGCAAAGCAUAUUGAGGACUGCUCUGUUUCCAAUGCAUUGGGCACGUGGGUCUUCUCUGUAGCAGGUGCUUUAAUUGCUAUACCUGUAGGAAUAAAGAGGAAAUCACUUGCACCACUUGUAUUUUUCGGGACUACUGGUACAAUGGUUGAUAUAAUAUUGGGAAUAAGUGCUUGCGAGAGAGAACAUGCUGAACGCCAAAUGAAGAUUGUUCAAGAACAAAAUUCUGCUGCUGCAAUUUCUGAUGAUGUCAUUUGAUGGUCAUCAAGGUUAUUUUUAAUCUUUCUUCCCAAAUGAUGAUUUCAAGACUAUUUGUUAUAUUUUCUUAAUAAAAUACCUUUUUGUCUGUUUCAUCACAUUUUGAUCUGUGCUUCCAUUCUGCUCUUUGAAUGUAAAUGCUGACUAAUUUAGUGCUUUGGGAAGACCUGAGUUUGAUA